GUCGGCGGCAAGGCGCAUGCGCGAGAGCCUGCAUUCCAUCAUGGCGCAGCCAUCUGACUGGGUCUGUUGCUGCUGCCGCCGCUGCGACGCUUCUCAACCCCGAGCCUGAGGCGGCGGCUGAGGCUUCCCCUGGCGCUCGUCGCCCUCGUCCCCUCGGCUCCUCUUCGCGCGGUGAUUGAUGUGACAAACUAUUAAUGAAUGGUCAUUUCAGCUGUGAUGGCAGACCAGCCACCUCCAUUAGAAGCCACACCUAUUUUGAAUGAAGUGCCACUUCUACCUCAUAUGGUCAAUGGGGACACCACACAACAGGUUAUUCUUGUGCAAGUAAACCCUGGAGAGACUUUUACAAUUAGAACUGAAGAUGGACACAUUCAGUGUAUCCAAGGUCCAGCACAUGUUCCUAUGAUGUCACCAAAUGGUUCUGUGCCUCCAAUAUUUGUGCCUCCUGGCUAUGUAUCUCAGGUGGUGGAAGAAAAUGGAGUUCGGAAAGUUAUAGUUAUGCCACAUUCUACUGAAUUCCACCCUUCCAUACAUCUACCUCCUCCCCAUGUGCCCCAUUAUAUGCACCCUCAUCCUGCUUUACUUCCCCACCCACCUCAUCCAGUGUAUCCUCCAGUUCCGGGAACAGGAGAAAUACCACCACAGUUCAUUCAUCAACAUCCACCACCACCAUCGCCACAUCUUUAUCAAGAACAAGAGUCCCGUUCCCAUGGCAGAACAAAUUUUGUCCAGCGAGAUGAAAGGACUCUCAAAAUGCAGGAGCAUUUGAAGAAAAGGCUAAAAGACCGACAAGCUAGUGGACACACAAAUAAUAAAAUGAACAGCCCUCCUUCCUCCCCUCAUAAAGUGAACAAUUCCUUCAGCACCAGUGUUCAGAAUGGAUGUGGAAAGGGACAGCAAGGGACAGGAGGGCAAAUAAAGCAGAAGCAAGCAGGAAAAGCCAGGGGAAGCACAUCAGGCGAUUCAGGAAUGGGAGAAUCUGACACAGAAUCUAAAAAAUCCCAAGAACUCUUGAGGAUCAGUAAGCCUACAGUCUCUGAAAUACAGGCAAGGUCAGCAGUUCUGUCCUGGAAUCCUCCGGUUGCGUCUCAAAAUGGUGAAACCCACCUCGCCCUUGCAGCGUUCACAUUUGAAGUGGCAGUCUCAAACAGCGGUAAAAACGGAAAAUUUAAAUCAGUUUACAUUGAUGAAGAGACGACUUUUACUCUUCCUGAUCUCAGACCAGCAACUGAUUACCAUGUCAGAGUUUCAGCCUCAAGUAGUUCCACAAAGGAAACUAUUUCAGAGCUGGCAAGUUUUACUACAGAGAGUUGUGAGCCAGACCCUCCAGCUGCACCGAAAGUAGUCAACAAAACCAAAAACAGCCUGAAUUUACAGUGGAAGUCCUCCAAUGACAACGGCUCCAAAAUAACUAACUACCUUUUAGAAUGGGAUGAGGGGAAGAACGGGGCAUUCAAGGAAUGCUACUACGGUCACCUAAAGCAACACAAAGUUACCAAGCUCACCCCCUCUACAAAAUACACAUUUAGGUUGGCAGCCAAAAAUGACAUUGGGAUGAGUGGGUUCAGCGAAACAUUGGUAUGUUACACAAUAGGAAUUGUCCCACCACCACCUCCACCUCCUCGGCUAACUGAAGCAGGGGUCACUUGGUUAUCGCUUGAAUGGAGUCCCCCAACUGGAAUAUCUUCAGACGACUCUCUGACCUACAUAUUAGAAAUGGAAGAGGACGGUUCUGAUUAUGGUUUUCAAGCAGGGUACAACGGAGAUGAACUUUCUUGCACUUUAAAAGACCUUAGGAGGAGUACUUCCUAUAAGUUUAGGGUGUUUGCUCACAACACUGAAGGGAAAAGUAGCCCCAGUGAGAUAAUAGAAUUCACCACAAGUCCUGACAAACCUGGUCCUCCAAGUAAACCAGCUGUAAAGGGAAAGAUCCAUUCACAUAAUGUGAAAGUUACCUGGGAUCCACCAAAGGACAGUGGAGGGUCAGACAUCUCUAUGUAUAUUCUGGAGAUUGCAGAAGCCUCAGCUGGGAGUAAAUGGGAAGUAGUCUAUAAUGGUUCCAUCAGAGAACACGUAUGUGCUCAUCUCAGCCCUGGUACGUCCUACAGACUAAGAGUCUCCUGCAUUGGUAGAGGUGGCCAAAGUCAGGCAUCUGACAUACUCACUGUUCAGACACCAGCUGUUCCUCCUGGACCGUGUCAUGCUCCGUGGCUGGUUGGCAAAACCAAACCUAAGGAAAUAGCUCUUCAGUGGGAUCCCCCUUCUGUAGAUGGGGGCUCAGAGGUAACAGAGUACAUAGUGGAACUAGUAAACUGUGACCAAGACGAGCGCAAACAAGCUUAUCGGGGCCCAGCGCUAGAAUGCACCGUGAAUGGUCUCCUUCCUGGGAGGACAUACUGCUUCUGGAUACGAGCAGCCAACAAAGCUGGGCUUGGUCCGUACUCAGAAAAGUCAGAAAUUUCUACAGCUCCAGGACCUCCAGACCCGUGCUGCAUCCCCCUGCUAACUUGUAAGACAGCUACUUGCAUCAUAGCCUCGUGGGAGAGUCCAGCAUGUAAUGGUGCAGAAGUUAGUGAAUACAGGCUAGAGUGGGGCCAAGUGGAAGGAUCCAUGCACAUCAUAUACAAUGGCCCUCUUCUGAGCUAUGAAGUAAAAGGACUUACACCUGCAACCACAUAUUAUUGCAGAGUACAGGCUGUGAAUAUAGCUGGUGCUGGGUUGUUCGGGGAGAUCGGCGUGGUCACAACCCCAGCUUCUGUGCCAGCUGCUGUGGCAAUAUUGCACGUGCUUGAAGAAGACCAGAUGGAAGCCCCUCCUCCUCUCUCGACAUGCCUUGCUCUUCACUGGGAGGAGCCCUGUUGCCAUGGGGCAGAGGUCAUUGGCUACCACAUAGACUAUGGGGAGAAACAGCUCGUAACUGUCAACAGAGUUACAAGCCAUGUUUUGGAGAACUUACAGCCCGACACUUUAUAUAGAAUCCGAAUCCAGGCCUUUAACAGUCUCGGAACCGGUCCCUUCAGCCCUUCCAUUAAAGCGAAAACAAAACCUUUACCUCCGGAUCCCCCACACCUGGAAUGUGUUGUCUUUAGUUACCAGAGCCUUAAGCUGAAAUGGGGUGAAGGCCCUAGCAGAGCUUUAAUCACCAAUCCCACACAGUUCAACCUACAGAUGGAAGAUAGGUUUGGCAGAUUCAUCACUGUCUAUAGUGGACCUUGUCACACAUACAAAGUACAGCGGCUUAGUGAAUCCACUACAUAUUACUUUAAAAUCCAAGCAUGCAACGAUGCUGGUGAGGGAGAAUUUUCUGAAGUUUACGUAUUCACCACAACCAAAUCUCCACCACCUACUAUGAAAGCACCCAAAGUGCAUCAGCUGGGAGAUAACAUCUGUGAGGUCACAUGGGAGCCUUUACAGUCAAUGAAAGGCGAUGCCAUUGUUUACAUUUUACAACUUGCCAUUGGGAGGGAAGUUGAUCAGGUAUACAAGGGACCAGAGACUUCAUUCCAUUUCACCAACAUGCAGACAAACUGUGAAUAUCGAUUCAGGGUGUGUGCUGGGCGCCAGUAUCAGGACUCCACUGGAUUGCAAGAACUGUGUGGACCAUAUAGUCCUAGCACAGUGUUCUCAUCUCAGAAGCAGGAGUUAGUUUCAUUGUCCUCAGAUACCAGCCCUGACCUCACAAAAAGCAGGAGAAAGGCGCUCAGCGAUGAACAGUUUGCGUUUCUGCUUCUCGUCGUCUUUGCAAUAGUUGCCAUUUUGUUUGCCGUUAUCAUUCAGUACUUUGUGAUCAAGUAGGCGAGUGACUGUGAGGAUUGACUUCAUUACUCAGCUUAUUAUUUUUCAUAUGGAAGUUUAUGCCUUGGGUAUUUAUGUAAAUUCCAAUUAAAAUGCUAGCUGGGAAUGAUUGUAUAAGACUCCCAUUUCCAUUUUUGCUGCUGACUUAGCGAGGCUGGGUAGGUAGAACCUCUCCCCUUCCCCCCACAACCCUCCUUUCCUGGAGGGAGAAGUGAACAGAAGAAAAUCCCUAUUAUAGCAUUGUUGUGCAACUUCUAACCAGGGUUAGCUGUUCAAAACAGCCAAAAAAAAAAAGAGCUGCCUUAACACGCACUUGUGAUUCUCAGAAAGCUAGACAAUUCUCAGAGUAAGAUCUUUAUUCUCAAGUACAGCAAAGCAGGGAAAGGGCUGGGGGAAGAUCAGCCUCUUCAGCCCAAGUCUCAGCACAGGUGAGAGACAGCAGCAAAGAUGCUUAAGCUUAGGACAGUGUACUGUAUUGCAGAACAUUGCUAGAGCAUACCGGAUAUUAUACUGUAGACAAAAAUGAAACCAAAAUCUUAUCAGCUUCUACUUUAGUGAUAGUGCUACUUUUAUUUUUCCACUUGUUUUAAUCGUUGGGAUUCCAAUAGUUAAAUAUCACUUCAAGAGCCAAGGGUAGUAGGAGGUGUCUGCAUUCUUAGGGUUUUUAUCAAAAGCACUCAAGGCACCAAAAUUAGUCUACCUGCAGAGGGAUUUGCAUUGGUAUAUAACGUGGCAAAAUGCUCCCCCUUCUAUACUAUACAUUUCUGAAUGAAAUGCUUUCUGUCGUUGGUAAGCAACUGUUGGCCCAACCAGAGUUCACUCUCAGUGCCUGAGAGAACAGUAACGCCCUGUGCUUCUGAUUUGAAAAACGCCGCCGCGUUUUUUUUCAGAAGAAAAGCACAGCAAUUUUUUGUCUUUAAUGAGAACAAAAAGUGCAUUUAUGAUAAAUGUUUCACUAUUUGGCUCAAACUGAGCAAAUGUUUUUGUACUAUUCUUAACAUAACAUUUUAAAAAAAUUCAAACUGGUUGGUUCUUUUCUCUUUUUUUUCCCAUUCUUGGGAUGCCCUGCUGUAAUCCAACUGAUCAAGUCACAUGUGAAAAUGAACCUUUCUUUUAAAAGAAUUAAAAGUUAAAAUUAUAAAGGAAUUGCUGUCUCCUCGGUAGCAGUUUUAUAUUCCAUUAUUUUGUUUGUUGUUUCAAGUCUUCUCGGUUUUGUGAUGAAAUCUUUAGUGACAGGUCUGGCUUUGGGUGGAAAUAGUAUUUUUAUUUUGUUUUUUUGAGGGGGUAGGUGAAUAUCAUGCACUACAUAGGACUGUUCUUUGUCAAGCCUCUGCAGCAGGUACCUGUGAAGUAAAAGUAAUUAAAUGUUGUCUUUACAUUUGCGCUCCUUUGAAAGCUGGAAACCACCCAUUUAGUUUGGAAGAAAAAACUACUCCAAGUUCAAAGGCCAUACAUUUUGUUAGGUUUUGCAUACUGGUAAGGACUGAACAGCUAUACUUUAUGAAACUUCAGAACACUUGCACUUGUAUGUGGGACAGUGGAUGUAACAUGUAACUCAUUUUAGCUUGAGAUGCCUCAGUUUCAGACAAUAGAACAUCAUAAAGUGUUUCUCAAUUGGCUGUUAGUUCAUAAUGGUAGCUUAAGAUUUGUGGCAUUGUGUUUGCAUUUUACACCUGAGGGGAAACACACACACACACAAACAUUAUCACUUAACUAUCUUAAAAGUAGAUUUAUGGUGCAAUCUGAAAUUAACCUUUUUCAAAAACGUAUUCUCCUUUUUUGUGAUCUAUUUAUUUUGAUUUUAAAAAAUUCUGGAAAAUGUAUGUUUGAAUGUAUUGUUCUACUUGUAGCAGAACUUUAAGUUAAUCAUUUAUUGUAAUGGAAGCCUCUCUUCGGUGUUGGAAAGAGUUUUAUACAAAUGUUAGUGUCUUUAGUUUGCAGGAACGUUUACAACAUGAUUUCCUUUCAUACUUCACUUUUUUAUAAAACAAUAGAUUGUUGUCAGCAGAUACCUGUUGCCAAAGGGCGUGUUUUUGUUGAACUCUCUGACAAAAAUGAUUGGGUGGGAGGGGGGUUAAAAAAAUCAUUUAAUUGGCAAUAGUAUGCCAGAUACAUUUUUAAAUUAGGUUUUUCUGAAUAAAUACUAAUCAAAAUUAUGACUUCCUAGAAAGUUAAAAGUUUAAUUUGUAUUUGUAAUUGCCACAAAAUGUUUAAUAUUUCCAGAAGGUUUACUGGAAAUCAUAAUGUAGAAUUUUAUAUUUACAACUAUACAUUCCAGAUUGAUGUACUCUAGUGGCAUUAAUGUAUUAGAUCUCCUUUUUCUCUUGUAUUGUAAUUUUUGCUGUAUUUCAUACUUAUGUUAAACCUGCCAGGCAUCGUAUUACUAAAUUGUAACUAUCAAAUAGAUAAUAUAUUUAAUAUGGCCAA